UUCAUCACUCAGUGCAACAAAGUAAAAGAGAGAAGAAGUAGAAAUUAAACAUGGCUCUCGUCAAAGCAGCUGCAUGCUUCCUAUUCUUCUUUGUCAUCCUCGAUCCCUAUGUUUCAAUAGUGGUUGCUCGUACAACAUUUCCGGCGGCGACUAUGGCUCCGGCCCCUUCUCCAAUCAUCACCACACCAGAGUACGCCAGCCCUGCAACACCUCCGGCCACUUUUGCACCGGCUGAACCUCCGAUAAUCAUCGCAGCAGCAGAGGACGCCCCUGAAGCUCCGGUACCAGAUGCCGCAUUGCCACCCGCAACUAAUUAAUAUCCCAUUUCUACUUAAUUACUGGGCGCUUAUGUGUACGUGUUCAAUAAUACCAUUGCCUACUUCAUGUGUACGUUCACUGUUAAGUACGUUGUAAGUCUCUAUCGAUCGGCUUCGAUGGAUCUUUGGUGUUCUAAUAAAAAAGCUUAUGUAUGCUGCAGCCAGCUCCUGCUGAUUGUAUUAAUUGAUUGGUAGUCCGAUCCAUCAUGUUUCACUUUGGUUUAUGUAACGUGGCUGGCUGUAUUGUCUACUUAGAUAAAAGGUUGUUAUAGUAUGAUCAGUAUCGUCUGAAUAAAAGGCUGCUUUAGUUUUGCAAACUCUGUCUUAAUUCUCCCUCUUUCUCUCUUAAUUGUAAUUUCUAUAUAUCGAGUAUCAGGAAACCCCAAUUGAAAAUCGAAUUUCAAUUCCAACAGCUAAUCCAUCCAUGAAGAAGAUGUCUAUUCCAACGCAGUUGUAGUCCUUAAAAAUUUAUGCGAAAUAAUAAUAAAUAAAAUCAUGACCUUCGGAUUGCGAAGCACAAAGUUAUGGCCUGUCAAAGCUUGGAAGAAUCGAAAAUUGCUCGUUCGGGGUAGCAAACGACGUCUUUUCGGGACGAAAGCGGGACCAUGACGCCUUUGAAUGUUAACGGAUUGCAAGAUCUCGAAAAAUUAUGCGGAAUCGAAAAAAAUAUCGUUACGACCGAAUAACGGAGCGCAAAGUUACGUCUGUUUGAAGUUUCAGCACAGGUCAGUCCUUCACCGCGGCUGACAGCAACGGUGAUGCAUUCACUGCUGUCCUCUCCCGCAGUGAUGCAUUCACUUCUGUCCUCUCCCACAGUGAUGCAUUUCACUGCGUUUGUCAACUGCGGUGAUGCCCAAACAUGUGUAUAUUGGAAAUUUUUCAUAAAACCUGUGUAUUUUGGGAUUUUUUUUAAAUAGAACGUGUGUAUUCUGGGAUUUUUUCCCCAGGUUUGGGUGGGCGCGGUUACUUACAUACAAUUUUGCACCAUGGCUUUAAAAUUAUAAUCAUCUUCGUAAAACAAAAUUAUGUGGUGUUGUAAUAUGUGAUAUAAAAAAUCCAAAACCAGCCAGUAUGUGGUUCGAAGAAAACCAGCCCACACCAUAUUUUUUUUGUUGAAUUCCACCGCAACAUCUUCGAACAAUUAUGUAUAAAAUAUGUAAUCUAAAAAAUUUAUUCGAAUGUCAUUCUAAAUUGAAGUUUCUUUGUCAGAUUGUUUGUAAACGGGAAGAAAAUGAACAAAAUUUGAGAUCUAAGAGAUAAUUAUAAUAAAUUCCAGAAACGAAGCAUCACCUAAAAAUUGGUCGGUGACCUAACUAUUUUUUUUUUUUUUGACAAUGGUGACCUAACUAAUUAAAUACUAGUUGUCCUAUUCUGGCCUGCCGAAUGAGUUAAGUGCUUAUGGCCAAACAUAUACCAACAUUCCACCACCUAGGAUGGCAACGGGUUUGGAUGGGGCGACCGCUGUUUCAAUAUUAUAAUUCCAGAAACGAAGCAUCACCUAAAAAUUGGUCGGUGACCUAACUAAUUAAAUACAAGUUGUCCUAUCCUCACCUAGGGGUGUGCAAUGGUCCGGUCCGUACCGGACCACACCGGACCAAACCGUUGUUAAGACCGGACCGGACCAGACCGAGUAAAAUACGGUCCGGUCCUUGGUCCUAAUGAAUUUUAUAAUUACUG